AUGGCUAGGGAAUCGAAUAUUGUCAAGAUCGUUGGUAAAGAGAAUUUCCAAAGGUUACGCUCUCUGAGAUGUCUCAUUGUGGGUGCGGGCGGCAUUGGAUCCGAAUUACUGAAAGAUUGCAUAUUGAUGGGAUUUGGAGAGAUUCAUAUCGUUGACUUGGAUACUAUUGAUCUGUCAAAUCUGAAUAGACAGUUCCUUUUCAGGCACCGCGAUAUUAAACAGCCAAAAUCGACCACUGCGGUAAAGGCUGUGCAACACUUCAAUAAUUCCAAAUUGAUCCCAUAUCAAGGUAAUAUAAUGGACACUGUGCAGUUCCCAUUAAGGUGGUUUGACCAGUUUGACAUAAUUUUCAAUGGAUUGGAUAACCUUGCUGCUAGGCGUUAUGUCAACAAGAUUGCCCAGUUUAUCUCGAAACCCUUGCUGGAGUCGGGAACUUCAGGCUUUGAUGGAUACAUUCAGCCAAUAAUACCGGGUGAGACCGAAUGUUUUGAUUGUACAAAGAAAGAGACGCCAAAGACCUUCCCUGUUUGCACUAUUAGGUCGACGCCAUCUCAACCAGUUCAUUGCAUUGUGUGGGCCAAAAACUUUCUCUUCAAUCAACUUUUCAACGAAGAGACAUCGUCAGUAGAUGAGACUUCUACUGAUUGGGGUACAGAGAACAAAGAGGAGAUUGAACGAAUCAGACAGGAGACCAAUGAGCUUCAUGAAUUACGCCAAAUUAUCUUAUCUAGGAGUGAGGAACAUAUCAAGGAUAUCCUGACAAAGCUCUUUGUGAAAGAUAUCGAGAAGUUGCUGCGAAUCGAUAAUCUUUGGAAGACAAGAACCAAACCAGCUGUAUUGGCCCAAUCUCUGAUAGAAGAUGCGUCGCAAGCUGUCAUGAGUGAGGCGCAGAGUUUAAGCUCCCUGUGGGAUAUCAGAGAGCAGAUCAUCCAGUUUUUUGCGAUCACUAAGAAAUUGAUGCAGAGAGUUCACAAUGGCGAGACUAACAUAGAGUUUGAUAAAGAUGAUGAGGAUACGUUACUAUUUGUGGCAACUGCCGCUAACAUUCGUUCACAUAUUUUUAACAUUCCUAUGAAGACUGUAUUCGACAUAAAGCAAAUCGCAGGAAAUAUCAUUCCCGCCAUAGCAACCACUAAUGCGAUUAUCGCAGGUUUGUCGACUUUAACAGCUUUGCGUGUUCUGAACCUGUUGCCGUAUGAACCAACCAAAAAAUCGACAGAUCUCAACAUGGCGUUCACUGCUAAGGCAAGUAACCUUUCAAAGGAUCGGUAUAUUACGAAUCCAAAACUGGCCCCUCCGAAUCCAUCUUGCCCCGUGGGUGGAAAGGUAUGUCGAGGAGUUAUCAAAAUUACACAAGAAGGUCUCAAUGAGAUCAAACUGUCUAAACUGAUUACAAUUAUUCGUCAGAAGUAUCAAUAUCCCGAGGAAAUUUCGGUGGUUGAUACUAACAACCAAAGAUUGCUGGCAGACUUCGAUUUUGAUGACCUUAUGGAACGUACUCUAUCGCAGGUCAAUCUACAUGAUGGUUCAGUUAUCCUUUUUUCAGAUGAAGAAGGAACGGCUGAAGCAACCUAUCGGAAAUCACUAGAACUUUACAUUGAAGUUAUCGACGGCUCGCUAGAAGGUGGGAUCCGACUACCUGACGUUGAAGUGCCUACGAUUGCGGUACCGCAGAAUAUUGCUGAUAUCGACCAUGCUGAGAAAAAACAAGAGAAGUCCAUAAACGAUGAAAGCGUCAUAGAUGUGGAUUUUGAUGAGAAGAGUGAAGCACCGUGUGCUAAACGUCGAGCACCCGAAAAGGCCCCAGAGAACGCUUUGAAAAGAGUUCGAAAAGAUGAAGAAUAUGUUGAUGGAUUGAUUGAACUCGAUUGA